AUGGCAAAGGGACGAGCUCAGCAGAGGGAGCAGGCAUGGACACAGCUGCAGAACAGAACAACAGACUCCAGAACACAAAUGAAACUCACAAGGUGUGGAAAGAUUACCCUAGGUAUCUUAAUGUUGUUGAUUGCCUCAGCAGUCAUCGGACUCAUUGCUUAUUUUGUCAUUUAUGGUAAGACACCUUUCUACUAUCACAUCAGCUUUAAAGUCAAAAACAUUGACUAUGAUAGCAAAUAUGAAAAACCAUAUUCACAAGAAUAUUUGAGCCUAAGUAAGAAGAUAGAGACUUUGAUAAAUGAAACAUUUCAUGGCUCCAAACUAAGAAAACAGUAUGUCCGCUCUCAUGUUGUGCAAGUAAGCCGCGCCAAGGGGAAAGUAAUAAUUCACUCUGUGCUGAAGUUCAAAUCCUAUUAUAAAAAUAAUGCAGCAAAGUUCUGGGAUAAGAUACAAACCAUUUUAUAUCAGAAGAUAAAGGGUGAAACUGGGACUUUAAAUAUAGAUUCUUCUUCUUUCAGAUUUUCAGAUAUUGCAAUGCCAACAGCAGAAAAUCUUCUCCAUAUUUGUUGUGGACAAAGAGAAAUAACUCCUUCUGGAAACAAAAUAGCAGGCGGCGUGAAUGCUGAGGAAGGGGAAUGGCCCUGGCAAGUCAGCCUUCAACAGAACAAUGUCCACCGAUGUGGAGCCACUCUGAUUAGUAAUAGCUGGCUUGUCACUGCUGCUCAUUGCUUCGUAAACGCCAAUAACACUAAGGAAUGGAAAGCUAGUUUCGCUCUUCUUUUAAGUGACCCACAAGUACAGAGAGGUAUCAAGGAUAUUAUAGUUCAUGAAGACUACCGCUACCCCGCACAUGAUAAUGACAUUGCUGUUGUGCGUCUGUCUUCACCGGUAUUAUAUUCAAGCAAAAUCCGAAGAGUGUGUCUUCCUGGGGACUCUCAUAAAUUCCCACCCAAUUCAGAUGCAGUGGUCACUGGAUGGGGAACAUUAAAAAAUGAUGGAAAAAGUCCUAAUAUACUUCAAAAAGGACUAGUGAAGAUUAUAGAUAAUAAGAUCUGCAAUGGUGAGCAGGCAUAUGGUGGUGUGAUCACACCUGGAAUGUUGUGUGCUGGGUUCUUGAAAGGAGGGGUGGAUGCCUGCCAGGGUGACUCUGGUGGACCUCUGGUUAGUGCAGAUCAUAAAGGCAUUUGGUUCCUUGCUGGUAUUGUAAGCUGGGGAGAUGAAUGUGCUCUUCCAAACAAGCCUGGUGUCUACACUCGAGUGGCAUACUAUCAAAAAUGGAUCGAGUCCAAAACUGGUGUCUAG